AUGUCUCAAGAUUUAUCUGCCGGCGUGGUAAAUCAUCCAGUAAUGAUCUCGGACGAACUUAGAUCCAACCCUCACCAUAAUAUUUCUGAUCUAAAUGCGACUACGGAUACUAAAGAACAAGAAGCCACUACAGCUAAGAUGGAUUUGGAAUCAUCUACAACUCAAAUGUUGGAUAACGUAUCCGUAUCUGCGCCAGAUCCACAAGAGCUUAAUGCUCCAGACAUUCAUUCGCAAUCAUGCCUUGGUCUAGUCGAAGAAUCUGCCGUUGAUAACGAGUCAAAUUUGAUAAACGAUGCGGCAACAACAGGAGGGGCAGUGAUUGCGGAAAAUACCACUUCAGUCGUACCACCAAUACCUACCGUACGACCACUCGAAAAUAUAAACCCCCCGACCGAAACCCAGCCCUCUACAUCUGCGACCGAUGCCACAACCACAAUAUCUCCUAACACUGAACAGCAUUGUCAAUCAUCAAUAAACUCUAUUAUUAUAGAUCCACAGACUUCAAGCGCCAAUCCUACUGCGGAUCUCGCGAAUACCUCGAAUGAAGAUAUGAAUGUCGUCAAAAUUAAAGCAGCUCGUCGGCGAAUGGCUCGCGUCAAGGCACAUCCAAAUGCCUUGACAGUCUAUGAGGCUGAGCUGACAAGUAAGGACAGGGCGACUCAGAAAGAAGCUGUUCGACAAUACUUGGAGAAGAAUGUGAAGCAGGACUGGACUUGGACCUGGCCAGCCGAAGAAAACGAACCUAUGAAUAUAAUGGAUGCAUUACUUAAGGAGCCUUCUUUAGAUGAGCUCCAAGUUACCAGUGCGGAUAGCCCUGCGUAUCAGGAAGAGUGGCGAGAAAGAGACGAGUGGGAAAGUGAUCCCACCGAGAGCGAGAGCGAAGAUCCCAGUUCGCCUAAAGGGCCCGUCAACAUUAAUUCUCCGGAUAGAGAAAGUCCUUUCCGUUUUGACAACCCGGAUGGUGUAGGUCAAUUGGUCAAACAAAGACGAGCUGCACGAAGACGCCGACACAAAAAGAAGCUUGCCGCGGAAAUGGAAUGGAACACAGGAGUACACUGUUAUGUAGAAAGACGUGAUGCAUGGACUUGCGCUCGACGUGUCCCUCCUCCAUCCGGACGGGAGCUUCACGCCAUCGAAAAUUUACCAGUCCAUUCAAAUGGAAAUGCCCGCAAACCUGUGGACGAUUGCUCAGAUUCAGAAGGAUGGGAUACUGAAGUGCCAAUUGCUAAAUCUCUACUACCACCGGAUAAUGCAAUGAGAGCAAGCAUCACCCCUCAAGCUUACAGCACCAUAUACGACAAAGUUAUUCUGCAAUCACUGACACCUAGUUGUCCUAUCAAUCUAUCCGAUGUCAUACAGAGCUGCGUACAAGGAUGGAAACGGGAUGGUGAAUGGCCCCCUUCCUCAUCUGUCCCCGAACCUGGUUUAGCGGCGAAAAAAAAGCAAAGGAGAUUGAGCAUGUUGAACAUGUUAGGGCUAAAUGGACCCGAAGCAAAGGCAAUUAGUCCUGUUGCAGAAAAAAGUCCACAGACCCCAGGUUCAAUUAAAAAGGGGCUACAGAAGUUCUGGAAACGCGGAGACAAAACCAAAGGUACGCCUGAGGGUGGGACGGGAGCUUAG